GUAUUAAGCACCAGUAGUGUUAAUGCGCUUGAAAUGACUUUUAGAAGACAUCAAGAUUUCCCGCUGGGAAAGCAGUGAGAUGACACUGGUUAACUACAAUCUAUAUGCUCGUGACAACUGAGCUGCUCAAGGAGGGAAGAACUCUGAGCUGAAUAGUAGUGGGUUCCUGGAUCUGGAAAGAAGAGGCCACCUUGGAACCAGUAAUGAACCAUCCUGACUACAAGCUGAACCUUCGGCCCCCCGGGACCCCCAGAGGUGUGUCCUCUGUGGUUGGCCCGCAUGGUGCUGGUGCUUCGCCAGGUGACAAAAAGUCAAAGAACAAGUCCAUGCGAGGGAAGAAAAGGAGCAUAUUUGAACCCUACAUGUCCAAGGAGGAUGUUUCAGAAGGCUUGAAGAGGGGAACACUUAUCCAGGGUGUAUUGAGAAUCAAUCCAAAGAAGUUUCAUGAAGCCUUCAUUCCUUCUCCGGAUGGUGAUCGGGACAUUUUUAUUGACGGAGUCGUUGCUCGUAAUAGAGCCUUAAAUGGGGACCUUGUUGUUGUAAAACUGCUUCCCGAAGACCAGUGGAAGCCAAGGAUAACCUUGUCUCUGCCUGGAGUGCUGGGAUUACAGGCAAUUAAAUCAGAGAGCAAUGACAAAGAAACAGAAGUUACUUAUGAAGCUGAUAUCUCUGAGGAGUGCUGUGGACACCAGCAGCAGUCCCCAAAAGGCUGUAAUAGUCCUGAUGUCAUUAUAGAGGCUCAGUUUGAUGACAGCGACUCAGAAGAUAGACAUGGCAACACUGGUGUGCUGGUUGAUGGUGUUAAGAAAUUGACACUUCGUACUCCUGACAAAGGAAAAGACGAUUCCAGUGCUCCAGUUACAAAAGAUGAGAACACCCCCAUGUCACAGGACACAAGAGCCUUACCUGAGAAGUCACUGCAGAAAUCAGCAAAGGUGGUUUACAUCUUGGAGAAAAAGCAUUCCCGUGCAGCAACUGGCAUCCUCAAACUCUUGGCUGAUAAGAACAGUGACCUGUUUAAGAAAUAUGCCCUGUUUUCCCCUUCAGACCACCGAGUGCCUAGAAUUUAUGUACCUCUCAAGGAUUGUCCCCAGGACUUCAUGACCCGGCCUAGAGAUUAUGCCAGCACACUAUUCAUCUGCCGCAUCAUAGACUGGAAGGAGGACUGUAACUUUGCCCUGGGGCAACUGGCUAAGAGUCUUGGGCAGGCUGGUGAAAUCGAGCCUGAAACAGAAGGGAUCCUGACAGAAUAUGGUGUGGACUUCUCUGAUUUUUCUUCAGAAGUUCUUGAAUGUCUCCCUCAGAGCCUACCCUGGACAAUUCCACCUGAUGAAUUAUCCAAGAGAAGAGACCUAAGAAAAGACUGUAUAUUCACCAUUGAUCCAUCAACUGCUCGAGACCUCGACGAUGCACUCUCCUGCAGGCCUCUCACUGAUGGCACCUUUGAAGUGGGUGUCCACAUCGCUGACGUGAGUCACUUCGUUCCUGAGGGAUCCUCUCUGGAUAAGGUGGCUGCUGAGAGAGCCACAAGUGUCUACUUGGUUCAGAAGGUAGUUCCGAUGCUUCCCAGGCUUCUAUGUGAAGAACUGUGCAGCCUCAACCCCAUGACUGACAAGCUGACCUUCUCUGUGAUCUGGAAGCUGACCCCUGAAGGCAAGAUCCUUGACGAGUGGUUUGGCCGCACUGUCAUCCGUUCCUGCACCAAACUGAGCUACGAUCAUGCCCAGAGCAUGAUUGAAAAUCCGACUGAGAAGAUCCCUGAGGAAGAGCUGCCUCCCAUUUCUCCAGAGCAUAGUCCUGAGGAGGUACACCAGGCAGUCCUGAACCUGCACAGCAUUGCCAAGCAACUUCGCCAGAAGCGCUUUGUGGAUGGUGCACUCCGUUUAGAUCAGUUGAAGCUUGCUUUUACUCUGGACCAUGAGACUGGAAUGCCUCAAGGAUGUCAUAUCUAUGAGUACCGAGACAGCAACAAGCUUGUAGAGGAAUUCAUGCUCCUGGCCAACAUGGCAGUGGCCCACAAGAUCUUCAGCAUCUUCCCGGAGCAGGCCCUGCUGCGCCGGCACCCUCCACCACAAACAAAGAUGCUCAGUGACCUGGUGGAGUUCUGUGACCAGAUGGGACUGUCCAUGGAUGUCAGCUCUGCAGGGGCCCUCAAUAAAAGCCUGACCAGAACAUUUGGAGACGACAAGUACUCUCUGGCCCGGAAAGAGGUGCUCACCAACAUGUACUCCCGGCCCAUGCAGAUGGCACUGUACUUCUGCUCUGGGAUGCUGCAGGACCAGGCGCAGUUCCGGCACUAUGCUCUCAACGUUCCCCUCUACACACACUUCACCUCUCCCAUCCGCCGCUUCGCUGACGUCAUAGUGCACCGCCUCCUGGCUGCUGCUCUGGGCUACAGUGAGCAGCCAGAUGUGGAACCUGAUACCCUACAAAAGCAAGCCGACCACUGCAAUGACCGCCGCAUGGCUUCCAAGCGUGUGCAGGAACUCAGUAUUGGCCUCUUCUUCGCUGUUCUAGUAAAGGAGAGUGGUCCCCUAGAGUCUGAAGCCAUGGUGAUGGGUGUCCUGAACCAAGCCUUCGAUGUGCUGGUGCUGCGCUUUGGGGUGCAGAAGCGCAUCUACUGCAACGCACUGGCCCUUCGAUCCUACCACUUUCAGAAGGUGGGGAAGAAGCCAGAGCUCACACUCCUCUGGGAACCUGAUGAUCUUGAAGAGGAGCCAGUACAGCAGGUCAUCACCAUCUUCAGCCUGGUGGAUGUGGUCCUGCAGGCAGAGGCCACAGCCCUCAAGUACAGUGCUAUCCUGAAGCGACCGGGCCCUGAGCGUUCCCUGGGCCUGGAGAAGGAGUCUGAUGAGGAGCCUGAGGACUGAAUGCUAGCCCAAGCCAGGCCUGUGCCUGCCCUACCCUGCUGGCUUUUAGGAAUAGGACCUUUUGACACCAAAGGGGAUUUUUAAUUUGGUUUUUUAACAACUCAGGGGUUUGUUUUUAUUUCUUAUUUUUUAAUUUUAUUUUACUUUUGCAACUCAGUUUUUAAAUGAACUGGAAGGGAUACAGUGUGGUUGGGGGUCAGGGGAGGGAAUGCUGAGGCCUGGCCAGUGCUUCCCUGAGCAGAGAAGGUCCCAGUCUUCCUGGGCAGGCAGCCUUGCUUCGACCAGGCCACCCACUGCCCUUCCCUGCCCAGGAAAUGGGGGGUUUCAGCAAAUCAGUGUCAUGGAAUAAAAUCAAGUGUG